AGAGAAUAGAAGUAGGUCAGAAGGCUUAAUUCUCCGGAACGAACAUGGAUAUGAUUAAGACGCAACAGAUGUCAGCAAGUACGAUCGAGAAGGUGGUCGUUCACCCAUUAGUCUUGCGUAAUAUUGUCGACAAUCACAACCGUCUCGUUAAGGACUCGGGAAAGCGUGUUGUCGGUGCUCUUCUCGGCAGUAUCUCCCGUGGUAUCGUUGGUGUCACCAACAGCUACGCAGUGCCCUUCGAGGAGGAUGACAAAGACCCAAGUAUCUGGUCUUUUGAUAGCAAACACCAUGAGUCAAUGUUCGGCAUGUUCAAGGGCCUUAAUGCCAAGGAGGAUGUAGUUGGUUGGUACAGCACAUGCGCUAAACUUCGGGAGAACGAUUUGGCUGUUCACGCUCUGUUCAGUGGCUAUGUUCCAAAUCCAGUGUUGGUCACUAUUGAUGUCCAGCCUCAAGAACUUGGAAUUCCCGCAAAAGCUUACCAUGCUGUGAAUUCUUCUCUCGGAAGCAGCAAGAAAACCUUCGUCCAUGUGUCUACAGAUAUCGCUCCUCCUCAGAUCGGUGGGAGUGUCAUGGUGACUGAGAUGACUCCGGGUGGGGAGAACGGCCUGGUGGAUUUUCUCGAAGAUUACUACACGCAUGUCAAAAACAGUGUUAGGAUUAGCGUUUCGGGAUAUGACACUUCGCUUGAUAUUGUUGAACUUGUUGGAUAUUUGGAGAAGCACUUUGAGUCAUGUGGUCUGGAGGACAUUAGGGUGCCGACACACCCGGUAACCGGUGCGAUUAUCAGCAGUUCUGCUACCUUGGUUCUCCGUGGAGAAGGUGUAGUAGAUAAGGCCUUGGCUCUCAACGGAAGUUACGUUGGAAGAUGGAAAGUGUCUGUCACCAUUUUACCACCCGAGCUGGAUGUGAUGAGCACUGACAUGACUGCCCGCGAGUUUGCUCUUGGUUACGCCGCCGCUGAGAACCCCUUUUAAAAUUAUUUAUGCACAUGUUUUUCUUUAUCCUCAUUGUGUUUUUUAAUUUGCUAGCCUAAAACAUAUUAUUUAUAUAUAUAUGUAAGAAAAUACUAUUCUAUGCUCUUUGAUCCAGACCAUUGUAAUCUGGUUUAAAGAAAUAUCUUAUCCAAGACAAUCGAA